AUGGCUGUGUCCGCGCAAAGAGGUCAGGCACUUGCAAAUGCAGUGCAUAUCGCACAGCUCAGGCUGCUACUUCAUGUCCUUAUGCCUGACGCAUACUACAGCGAUUUCGUUGAAUCUCUACAUCGACUUGAUGAUCCGCCAGAACCCUGCAGAUUCAUCGGUCAGCUAAAUGGCAGCAGCAGUCUAUUUCUGUGUCGAGAACUACCUUCACCAUCGAUUCAGGAAGGAGUAAUUAUAGAAAAUAAUCGAAUUGCUGCCCCAUUAAGUAUUGGUGUAGGAACUUACUCUUUGUGGUUACCCAGAUAUACACUUUAUCAUUACGAUUCAUUCUUCAUGCUUCCUAUCCUCUGUAUACAACAAACGUCUUGGGAAAACACACUGGUACGAUCGCUAUUGGCGCAGAAGUUGUUGCACUUUACUGGUAAAAGGAUUGCAUUUUAUCCUAUUGAAGUGCUAAUAGUUGUCGACAACUACCAGCGAAAGAAAGGUAUCGGCCUCUUGCAAAGAUUGUAUCAGCCGUAUUUUGGCAUGACUAUCUUCUGUGGAAGCUACAAUCAACUAGAAUAUAGUGAUGGAGGGUACUUCCUCACUGGAGAUGAUGCCAUCUUUAAUUUUUGGCAUAAACUUAAUCACAGCGAAAUCUUGUUUCCUUUUGAGUAUGGCAAUUAUGGAAGUCGAUGGUGGCGUUCAAUCUAUGGAGGGAUCGCCGCAAAGCGAGCAUCACAAAUCUUCGAACAAGUCUCUAGAACGAACACAAGGGUCAAAAAAAUAUUGGAAUGUUAUAAAAAUGGGUUAAACGAGAAUGGGCGCGACCGAGACGCGCUAAAGCACAUUGCUAGUGACACCGGCAAUUCCGUGAGUGAUUUUUUCUAUGUUCCACAAAAGCGAUUAGCUUACGUGACGGAACUUAUAGAAGUAUUCUUUGAAGCUGGAUUAUUUGUAGAACUCACUAUACUGAAGAUAUUGCAAACUGUGCCACAUAACAGUAGUCCACAUCGUCCUCUAAAGCUAAAUGAAAACUCCUUUGUCUAUAUUAAUUAUCGUAACCGCCAUCGUUGGUAUGACUUCUACAACUCAAACAUAAUCAUGAUUCAUCCAAUCAAAAUCAACCAAUUUGUCGAGAUGAAGCCUCGAAAGAGGUGA